CCCUCUCUCUCUCUCUCUCUCUCUCUCUCUCAAAAUCAACACUUUCCCUUCCUUCUCUCAGCAUCUUGAAAGAUAAGAAAUACUUAGAUUUCACAGCUUUAUUUCCAACAAUACUUUCGCUUCAUCCCUCAGCAACCUUGGAACACUUCCUCAGCUAUCCAUCAUCUAGUAGAUAUGGACUAUUUGGGUCCAGUUGUGCAGGUGAUUCUCUUCUUAUGGGCUCCUGUUUCUCGGCAAAUUGGUUAUCUCAAACACCUCAAUGACAACAUCACCAAAUUGACGAACGAAACUAAGGAGCUAAAAUGCAAUCGCGAUGACAUUCAAGCAAACGUCGAGGCUGCUACAACAGUCGGAAAGACACGGAUACGGCAAGUGGAUAAUUGGCUACUGGAAGUAAGCGAUAUCGAAACUGAAGUCGAUUCAAUUAGAUUGGAGUUCGAACAAAUGAGAACAUGCUUGAAUGGUUGUUGCACCGACCACUUGUCUCGUUAUAAAUUGGGAAAAAGGGUCGCUAAAAUGAACAAAGAUGUCCAAAACCUCAAAGGAAAAGGAGGCUUCGAUAGGGUGGCUGUGAGUCCUCUCCGGCCAAAGGUGUUGGAGAUGCAAACUUCGCUACCUCGUGGACAGCAAAACACGUCUGAGAAAACCUUGGAGGAUAUAUGGCAAUGCUUGCACGAUGAGGAGAACAGCAUGAUGUGUGUCUGUGGCAUGGGUGGAAUAGGGAAAACCACUCUCAUGAAAGCAGUUAACAAUAGGCUCAUCGGAACCCAUGAGUUUGAUGUCGUGAUUUGGGUGACUGUGUCCAAAGACCUUAAUUUGGGAUCAAUCCAAGAGAAGAUUGGAAACAUAUUGGGUAUGGAAUUCCGCAGCAAUGAAGAAAAGAGGGACAGGUUGUUUGCUCGGUUGAAGAAUGUGAGGUAUCUGCUCAUCUUAGAUGAUCUAUGGGAAGCAUUUAACUUGGAUCAAGUUGGAAUUCCAAAGCCCGACAAGCAAAACAGAUGUAAAGUCGUGAUAACCACUCGAUCCAUUGCAGUGUGUAAUGCGAUGGGGGCUGAUAUGCAAAUUAAAGUGAAGACUCUUACGCGUGAGGAGGCGUGGAAUUUGUUCUAUGAAAGAUGUGGGGAUGUGGUUCUAUCACCUGAUAUUCGACCAGUAGCAGAGAAGGUUGUGGAAGAGUGUGGUGGACUACCACUUGCCAUUAAGACGGUGGGACGGGCCAUGCAUCGCAAAGAUAAGAAAGAGCUAUGGGAGAACGCAUUGAGGGCAUUGAAAGGAUCAUCGCCUGAGGUUCCAGGUAUGGAGCGCGAAGUGUUUCUUCCUUUGAAACUUAGUUAUGAUUACUUAGGAGAAGAUAGUAUCAAACUCUGUUUUCUUUAUUGUUCUCUAUUUCCAGUAAAUUAUGAUAUAGAAAUAGAUGAGCUAGUAACAUGCUGGGUCAUGGAAGAAGGAUUCAUAGAAAAUGUGAAUAACUUGGAAGAAGCAUCAAACAAGGCGCAUGGCAUCCUUGAAAGAAUCAAGGAUGCAUGCCUCUUAGAAGAAGGGUCUCGAGGUAAUGAAUAUGUUAGGAUGCAUGAUUUGGUACACGACUUGGCGGUAUGGAUCACUUCACUAUCAUCGUCAUCAUCUGCUUCAAACUCAAGAGUCCUUGCGCUAUCCGCGGAAGGACUACUGCAGCCACCAGAAGAGAAAAUGUGGGGAGGGUUUGGAAGGAUUUCGUUGAUGCACAACAAAAUAAAACAUCUCCAAAUUACACCCAAUUGCCCUAACUUGAUCUCCUUGUUCCUCAAUGACAACUAUCAAUUGCAUACCAUUCAUAGUAGUUUCUUCGAGCUCAUGCCGAAACUUCAGAUCCUCGAUCUAAGUAAUACUUGCAUCGAAUCUCUCCCAAUGUCAUUAUCCCUAUUGGUGAAUCUACACGCGCUUAUUUUAAGAUAUUGCAGAGAUCUAGUGGAGGUGCCGCCAUUAGGACAGCUAAAGGAACUCCAAUUGCUAGAUCUAUCCUUCUCUGGCAUCAAAAAAUUCCCUCAAGGCAUUGCAAGCUUGGGUAAACUUAAGCGGUUGGAUCUGUCGUAUUUCAAUGCAUUCGCCGCAGUUCCCCCCAAUGUGAUAUCAAGGCUAUCUAAUCUUGAGGAUUUAAGAAUGUUGGUGUUAGGACAUAUGAGUGAAGCUAUUCUGGGAGAGGUCGUAAGCUUGAGACGCCUGACUUCUUUAAGUAUCAGCGUAUCCGGUCUUAAUGGCUUCAUCGCACAUGAUAUGCUCCAUUGGUCAUGGUCGGACUUGAGAAGAUUCAAGAUUCAGGUCGGCGGGAAUUUCAUCUUCAAGGGCUGUGAUAAGCAGAUGAACAUUUGUGGUUGUGACAGUUUCCCCCAUGGGAUUGAGGAAUUGAUAAAACAUGCCAAGUUCUUACGCUUCGAGAAAUGCAAAGUUCUAACACGUCUUUCUCAGUUAGUAGGCGAUUCGAAGAGCUUAAGAUGGCUUCAAAUCAAGGACUUCAAUGGACUGAAAUGCAUUAUAGAUUGGAGGGAGGUGGGAGAUGAUGGGUUGCAGUGUUUAGAGGAGUUGGAUCUCCACACUUUACCUAAGUUGGAGAAGUUAUUCGAUGGCAGCGUUCCUCGCCCACAUACAAGUCUUCGACAACUAAGAAAAAUAAAGGUUGAAGAAUGUCCCAAGCUAAGGUGUCUCUUCUCCUCUAAUAUGGUAGAACAUCUGAACCAGUUAGAGGAGCUUUCGGUAAUUGGUUGUGAUAGAAUGGAGGAGAUUAUAGAAGGCGUGCUGCCAGAUAAUGCACUCCUAAAAUUACACGUCCUACAGCUACGCAGAUUACCAAAGUUAUCAAGCAUUUGCAGCCAGCAACCCUCCCUCGCAUCUCUAGAAAAGAUCCGUAUCAAUAUGUGUCCUAAGUUAAAGAAGCUCCCUCUCUUGUGGUCUGGAAUUCAAGAAAUACAAGGAAAAAUAGAAGGCGAAAGAGAAUGGUGGGAAGGAUUACAGUGGGAAGACGACAACACUAAAUCCAUCUACGCUGGCAUUUACAGCGAAAGAAGGCGGCCCAUUUGAAACAGACAUCCUUCUUCUUCAAUCUUGAAAAGGUCAUUUCUCCCUCAGACACCAAUGGAUGACUUAUAUUUAACUUGCCCACAAUGGCCAACUAUCUCAAGCUCUCGCUGUUUUUCCUCCCUCUAAUUUUCUCCUACUCUUUUCAGGUAUGUGGGAUAAUCCCUAGUUUACCUAAGCAAAUUAGAUUAAUUUCUCACUCC